CACAGGGGAGUUUCAGCAGAGAGCUUAGUCUAGCUUUACUCGGAGCUGUAUGCAGCCAGUAAUCUGAAACAAACCGUGUUUUAGUUUAGUUUAGUUAAUUUUUCUUACAGCUUUUUCAGUUUUUGAGAGGCAGCCAUGAUUAGCCGUAACUUUAAGAACGUGCUGGUGGUGUCUGUCGGGUUUCUCUCACUUUUCACAGCUUAUGGAGGCCUGCAGAGUUUACAGAGCAGUCUGAAUGCGGAGCAGGGGAUGGGAGUGGCGUCUCUGAGCGUCAUCUACGCCUCCAUCAUCGUCUCCUCCAUGUUCCUGCCUCACAUCAUGAUCAAAAACCUGGGCUGUAAAUGGACCAUCGUGGCCGGCAUGGCCUGCUACGUCUCUUACUCUUUCGGAAACCUCUACCCGGGAUGGUACACCCUGAUGCCCACCUCAGCGGUGCUGGGUUUGGGCGGCUCUCCGUUAUGGUCAGCUAAAUGUACAUACCUGACCAUCGCCGGGAACGCCCAGGCGUCUAAAGACGGGAAGAAAGGACCCGACGUCAUCAACCAGUACUUCGGCAUCUUCUUCUUCAUUUUCCAGUCGUCUGCGGUGUGGGGAAACCUCAUGUCGUCACUCAUCUUCGGACAAGACAGCAACAUAGCUAUAAUCCCGGAGGACCAGCUGCAGGCGUGCGGCGCUGCAGACUGCAACCUGAACCUGAGCAUCAACAGCACCACCACCCGACCGGCUCAGGAGCUGGUGUGGACGCUCGUCGGCUGCUACAUCGGCGUGGGGGUGCUGGCCAUGAUCAUCGUGGCCGUGUUCCUGGACAACAUCGACCGGGAGCAGUCGAGUCAGUUCAGGGAGAACCGGGAGCCGCUCUCCAAGACGUUCCUCGCCACCUUCCGGCUGCUGAAGGACUGGAGGCUGCUGACCCUCAUCCCCCUCACCAUGUACAGUGGCUUCGAGCAGAGCUUCCUGUCCGGGGAGUAUACCAAGAACUAUGUGACGUGUGCGUUGGGGAUCCAUUACGUUGGAUAUGUGAUGAUGUGCUUCGGAGCCACCAACUCCCUCUGCUCGUUUUUAUUUGGGAGACUCGCUCGGUACACAGGGAGAGCCCCUCUCUUCUUCUUGGCUGCUCUGGCUAACUUCUCCUGCAUCAUCGCUCUGUUGUUCUGGAGGCCUCAUCCCGACCAGCUGCCCGUCUUUUUUGUGUUUCCCGCUCUGUGGGGAAUGGCCGACGCUAUCUGGCAAACUCAGACUAACUCUCUAUACGGCAUCCUCUUCCCGCGGCACAAAGAGGCGGCAUUCGCCAACUACCGGAUGUGGGAGUCCCUGGGUUUCGUCAUCGCCUUCGCCUACAGCACCUUCCUGUGUCUGGAGUACAAGCUGUACAUCCUGCUGGCCGUCCUGGUGGCCACCGUCAUCACUUACCCCAUCGUGGAGUACCACGAACACAAGCACCCCCAGCCACCUGUAGACGAGGCCGAAUACCUCCACCGGAACAAGGAGGGGUUUGGCAAAGACGGGGGCAAAAUCAUCCGCCAGACACAAUUGUAGGGACAGAUUUACAGGAGUUUUUGUUUUUGUUUUUUGCACCCUGUUCUGGACAUUAAGAUGGAAAUGAAGGGCCUCACAGUGAUGCCUAACAUGUUUAAAUUACACUGAAAAAAUGACAGCUCUCAACAGCACACUGAUCUUUGUUUAUAUUCACCGUAAAAAACCUUCUUUCCCUGAAGGAAAAAUGAAUAAUCUGAUCUUUCAUAUUUGACUCCAUGAUGAGUCUUUAUAGCUUUGUGUGGAUUUAAUAUGUUGUAUUGUCUGUAUAUAUAUACAUUAAAUGCAGGUAAAAUGAGGGAUUUCAAGUUAUUUGAUUGCUUUUUUUAACGAGUUUAAGGGCUGUUGUACAUUAUCUGGAUUUGUGCAAUUACAAAACCAACACAUUUUCUACUAAGCAGUAUUGUUUUGAACCGUAACUGAAAAGCACAUACUGUAAACGUUGUUGUUAAAUGUUAAAUAAAUAUUUGUGUCAAAAGG